GAUUGGUUUAUUGAGAAACCUUCCGGUGAAUGUGCAAUGUUUUAAGCAGUUAUACUUUUUUGUUUGUUUAUGUGUUUUGUUUAAUCAUAAAAAUAAGUUAUUAUGAUCGGAAAUAAAUAGGUGCAAACAGGAAUAUAAAGGUGCAAACAUUCGCGUGAAAUUUUAUUGAAAAGUCAUUUGAUAUGGUUUUAGAGUUUGGUGCUGGAUGCAUUGGUGGGGCUGCUGGCGUUUUUGUUGGCCAACCAUUUGAUACUGUCAAGGUUCGCAUGCAAGUUCAAAAUGGAAAUACUAGUAGAGGAAUUAUGGAUUGUGUCAAAACUAUAAUAAAAAAUGAGUCGUUUGUUGGAUUAUACAAAGGUAUUACACCACCGUUACUUGGUGUUGGUUUACAAAAUGCAAUAAUAUUUGGAUUCCAAGGUCAGUUCCGUUCAUUUGUAGCAAAUGACACAACCGGAGAAAUAGCAGCUGGAGGUGUUACUGGUGCGGUGCAAGCUGUGGUUACCACUCCAAUUGAGCUUGCAAAAAUAAAAUUACAAUUACAAGGUAGAGAUUGCAAAACUUUACUUCAUAAUACUAAAUACAGAGGAGCAUUACAAACAAUUUUAAAAAUUCUUGAGGAAGAAGGUGUUCGUGGAUGUUUUCGAGGUUUUACUACUGUUUUAAUGAGGGAUAUUCCCGCAACGGCUAUUUACUUUGGUUCUUUUCAUUAUAUGAAUGCUUUUUUAAUACCAGACGGUAAAUCUGUAGAUGAUUUAUGUUUACAUCAUUUGUUUUUAACUGGAGGCUUAUCUGGUGUUAUGUCAUGGGCAAUAGUGUAUCCUGUUGAUGUUAUUAAAACAAGAAUUCAAGCCAAAGGAAUAAUUCCAAUAGGACAAUAUAAAUCUAACUACGAUUGCUUUUUGGUAAGUUGCCGGGAAGAAGGUUUAGCUUGGUUUUUCAGAGGCUUUGGGGCUACAAUGUUAAGAGCGUUUCCCGUCAAUGCAGCUAUUCUUUCAACUGUAACUUUAUUGGUGCGUUUUUUUAAGUCAGCUGAUUAAUAUUGAAAAAUAUUAAUACAAAGUUUGUUAAUUUAGUGAGUCAUUUUUGAAUAUAGUUUAGUGCAUGCA